UAUGGCCCAGACUGUAACGAGACCUGUGGAUCGUGUGCAAGUGGACCAAGCAGUUGUAACACUACAUCCGGCCACUGUCGGGGUAAUCCCAGAUGCAUGCCGGGAUAUUCUGGUUUGAAAUGUAAAACAGCCUGUGAAGCGGGUAAAUAUGGCUACGCCUGUAACGAGACCUGUGGAUCGUGUGCAAGUGGAUCAGACAGCUGUAACACGAAAUCCGGGCACUGUCAGGGUGAACCCAGAUGCAUGCCGGGAUAUUCUGGUUUGAAAUGUAAAACAGCCUGUGGAGCGGGUAAAUAUGGCCACGACUGUAAUGAGACCUGUGGAUCGUGUGCAAGUGGAUCAGACAGCUGUAACACGACAUCCGGGCAUUGUCAGGGUGAACCCAGAUGCAUGCCGGGACAUUCUGGUCUGAAAUGUAAAACAGAAUGUGCGAAUGGUUUUUGGGGUGGAGACUGUGCUUUGGAGUGUGGUAACUGUUAUAACGGUAGUGUAUGUAACAAGACGUCUGGGGAAUGUCCCGUUGCCCUGGGGAACUCAUCGUGUGCACCUGGAUACGUGUAUACAGACAUAACGUGUCUCACCCAAUGUGCGAAUGGUUUUUGGGGCGGGGACUGUGCUUUGGAGUGUGGUAACUGUUAUAACGGUAGUGUAUGUAACAAGACGUCUGGGGAAUGUCCCGUUACCCUGGGGAAUUCAUCGUGUGCACCUGGAUACGUGUAUACAGACAUAACGUGUCUCACCCCGUGCGAAUCCGGAUCAUGGGGAGACAACUGCUCCCAGCAAUGUAACCAAGGCUGUGGAACACCAUGUAACAUUACCAAUGGGUUAUGUCAGAGAGGAUGCCCUGACGGCUUUGUGGAUGACAACUGUAAAGUCCCAAUUUCAAACAUGAUGAUCGCGAAAGUCGCAGGGAGCGUGACUGGUGUUCUUGUAGUCUGUGCCGUUGUUGUUGCAGUAAUCAUCAUUUACAGGAGGCGUCAUCCGUCAACAAAUAAGUCACAGGCCCACGUUUCCCUGUCAGUGAGGACAAUGGGUGACAUUCAACCAGAUGUCGAGGAUCAACAGAGCAAUAGAGAAUAUGAAGCAGAGGACCCGGAAGUUCACGUAGCCCCAGAGGAUCCCGAGGCAACAACGUACGAGAAUCACUUGAGCACGUCAGUUCCUGUAGAGGAAUUUUGGGACUACAUCCAAGAGAAAAUGGCAGCCGAUGGUUUCAAAGCCGAGUUCGCGAAAUUUCCCGCCGGACUCCAUGCCAAAGCUGAAGUGGCAAACCUUCCAUACAACAAGGCUAAAAGUCGCUACAAGAAUCUUGUCGCAUAUGACCACUCUCGUGUCGUCUUGAGACUCCAUGGACCCAAUGACAAAUCGGAUUACAUAAACGCCUGUUACAUUGACGGUUACAACCAGCCUAAGAAAUUCAUCGCCUCUCAAGGUCCUACCGAUCUCAUCAUAAACGACUUCAUGCGCAUGCUCUGGGAACAAAACGUGGGUAAAAUUGUCAUGAUGACAAACCUGAUCGAAGCAACUAAGAUGAAGUGCAAACAGUACUGGCCGAGCGAAGGCUGUACGCGGUUUGGUGUCAUUGAGGUUACCCUGCUUGACGAGGAGGUAUAUGCGAAUUACGCAAUUAGAACACUGGAGCUAAGUCACACAAAGGUGAAAAACAAGACGAAGAUUCUGAAACAGUUUCACUUCUUGGCUUGGCCAGAUCACGGGGCACCUUCUGAUGCCACAAUUCUGCUUGACUUUCGAGAUAAGGUUCUGGAGUACAACUCGACUUUACCUGGACCAAUUCUCGUCCAUUGCAGUGCUGGGAUUGGACGCACGGGAACGUUCAUAGCUCUGGAUUACCUGAUCAAUCAGGCUAAAGAAGAGAAUGUGGUGAAUGUGCCGGCCUGUGUGAUGAUUCUGAGACAGCAGCGGGUCAACAUGGUGCAGACACAGGAACAGUACGAGUUUCUACACGCAGCCCUGGGAGAAGCCUUGGAAUUCAGCGACAGUUCAAUUCCAUCUGUGAACUUUACCACCGUGUACUCUGACCUUUGCACUGUCGACCCCGAGACCGGACAGUCCAAGAUGGUAGCACAGUUUGAGGUCCUCCGGGAACUCUCACAACCCGCGAACAAGAUGCAAGUGGAAUCAGCCAGACAUCCGGACAACAUUUCCAAGAACAGAUACUCCAAAGUUUUAGCCCUUGAUAGCUGCAGGCCAUACCUGUCCACGCCAGUGUCCGACUGUAACGACUACAUCAAUGCUGUGUAUCUUCCGGGAUACAAACAGAAGAGGGGUUUUAUCCUAACUCAGACUCCUCUACCCAACACGGUCGUGGAUUUCUGGCGUCUGGUCUAUGAUCACAAAGUCAGUACCAUCAUCAUGUUGGACCGCGUGAAAACAGGGAUAAGGAUAAGAUAA